AUGGAGGAUAAAUAAGCCAAAAAUAGUGAGUUAAAUGUCACCCAAGACUCAUAAUCACCGACUCCACCCAAGAGAAACAGACCCAGAUAGAGUAAUAGCAAAAUGAGUCAAUAGGUGAUGGAUUCGAAUCAGAGUGACUAGGAUGAGCAGUACUCAGAUAUCGAAAGAAUUCGAGCCAAAAAGAAAGAUAAAUAAAUUGAGCAGAAGGCAGUAUAGAAAUUGGGGAUUAAUAAUCUUGAUGACUUGAUGGAGUUAUUUGAGGAUGAUGAGAGGGAAAAAUUUUUGGAUAUGUUUCGCGUCAAUAAGGUUCUGGGCAGUGGAGGAUUUGGUGUGGUCCUCUCAGUCAAGGAUCUAUAGUGCAAUAAAAAUGUAGCUCUAAAGAUAGUAUAUAAAAAGGAUUAAAAGGCAGAGAUGCUGAGGGACGAGUACGACAUUCUCAAAGAACUUCAACACGAGAACGUCAUCAAAAUAUAUAGACUUAUAAACUUCUAGAAUUUUCUGAUGAUUUCUAUGAAAUUAACAAAGGAUAAUUUGUCUGACUUUGCCAGUAGAAGACGAAAAUAAGGUUAGCCUUUGACUGAAGAAGAAUGUGCUUAAAUUAUGUAGGGUAUAUUUAAAGGAGUCGCAUAUCUACACAAUGAGAAGGACAUCAUUCACAGAGACCUAAAACCACCAAAUAUUGUGGUUCAUAGUUAUAAUGAUCUUGGUAAAUGCAAACUCAUCGACUUUGGUAUUGCGACUUAUAACCGAAAAGAAAGUUUGAGGAAAUAUGGGAAUAUAGGUACAUUGAUAUAUUAACCUCCUGAGCAAAUGUCUGACAUAUGGGCUCUAGGUAUAGUGACUUAUACAAUAUUAACAGGAAAGCAUCCUUUCGUAGUUUCAGAUGAUGCAACUGAGGAAGUGAAGGACAAAAUCAUGAAGUUCAAAGAAUUUAAAUUUCCGUCGACAAUGUCAGACCUUGCUAAACAUUUUAUCUCUAAGCUUUGCACCCACGAGUAGUCUCAUAGAUAUUCUGCGAGUGAAGCGCUCAAGCAUCCCUGGAUAACUAGAGAUUUAAACUCAAAGCCUCCUCUCACCAAAUAGGAAAAAUCAAAUUAACUUGGUGAGUAACUUAUGAUCGAGGAUAAACUUAGAAAAGUCCAAUCAGUUAUUUAUUUUCUUUCAGUGUCAAAGCUAUAGAAUGCCAAGAAUUAAUAAAGUGCUCCUUUAAUAGAUUAAAGAUACCUCUUUAAACUACGGACAUAGGAUAAUGUACUUGAUGUGAGUCCUAAUAAAUCAAACAAAAUGCGUUAGAGUUCAUUAUAAAGAAGAAUAACAGUGCCAAAAAUUGAUGUGUAAAAAACUAGCUCUCUUGCUCGAAAGGAUAGACUAAAAGAAAAGGAUAGGGAGAAUGAAAGAUCCUCUAUAAUCGCAAAGUAAGGCACCCACGGGGAUGAGUCAAGCAACAGCUCAAUGAAAGAUUACAUGGAAUACACUAAAAAUGGGUAAAUUGAACUGCUAUCCCCAGAUGUCAAAGAAUUCCUGAGGAAAAAUAGGAUAAAGGCAGGAAGGGAUGAUUCAAAGUCAGGCAGAAGUUCGAAACGUUCAAAUGCCUCCAAGAAUAACACUCAAAAUAAUUUUCACGCAAAUUCAAGGAAAAGUACCAUUAAUGAGAAUAGUCAACUCCUAAGUGUCCCUGAAAAGAAACGAAAGAAAACCUUUUCUUCAAGUUCAGGAUAAGGGCAUCAUAUAUCUGGCGAUAGAUCUGCUAGUUUAUCUCCUUCCUCUCCGAUGGAGUUGAGGAUGAAUGUUUCAGGUAACUUUAGUGACUUCAUGUCCUCUGAUGAUGAGAGUCAGAAGGAUGGAAGUAGCUCAUCACUUAUAAAGAAUCACAAGGUAAAACAUUUCAAUUAUGGAACGAAUCAAAGUAAAAAGACUAUCAUUAAUUCUAGUAAUAAUAAUAAACUUCCUGAGAUUGAGGAGAAUAAGUCAAUACAAGCAAAGAAUUAAUAGCCAAAGGAGAUUCUUCAAAAGAUAAAAUAGUAAAGAGUUGAGGUUAAGGAGGGAAAGCAUUCUAAUAAAUUUGGUGGUGGAAUUAGUUCAGGAUAAAAUACAUCUUAGACAUUUUACGAUUCAAAGACAAACUCUCUCUCUUAAAACUAAAAGCGAAAGUUAUCUAAACCUCCCUCAUUUCAAGAAACCCUCGAAUCUCAGAAAACGGGCAGUCUGAUAUAAAUGAUGCAUGAGUAAAUCAAAGACGAAGAGGAAAAGAGGCGAGCCUUCGGGAAAUCAUAAGUAAAAUAAAAAUCCUUCAAGCCCGGAGGCCAAGGGAAUAAUUAUGGUGUCAAUUAACAUCGAGCUACUUCAUCGUAUGGUACUUACUAAAAUAGCAAUCAAUCUGACCUCUUUGCUGGAGGAGUAGUUAAUAUAGAGUUUUUACAAGGGAAUAAUGGAAAGAAUUAAAAUAUUCAAAACAAUCUUAUCUAAUCUUAAAAUAAAAACAAGAUACCAUCACCAUAAAGAGCUCAGAUUAAUCUGUUUAAGAAGAUGUAAAAUCAAUGA